AUGUCGAAACCUAAGAACAUCCUGAUCGCUGGAGCGGGCGUGGCAGGCCCAGCCCUUGCCCUCCUCCUAACUCGCGCAGGGCACAACUGCACCAUAGUCGAGCGAGCACCCGCGUUUCGAGCAUCAGGCCAGCAAAUCGAUAUCAGUGGCGAAGCUCUCAAGGUCAUCAAGGUCAUGGGAGUGGACGAGGCAAUGUGGGCUUCCCGUGUCGAAGACAAAGGGAUGAAGUUUGUGACCGAGAAGGACGAGGUCAUCGCCGCCUUUCCAGUUGGAAAUGAAGGCAGUCUGGUCAAGGAACUGGAGAUCAUGCGGGCGGACCUCGUGAAAGUGAUCUACGAGCGGACGGAAGGGGUUGAGUACGUGCUGGAUGAGUACAUCUCUAAGCUUGAGCAGGAUGGUGAGGGAGUGACGGUCAGCUUCGCCAACUCGACCAAGCAACGUCGAUUCGACGUGGUCGUUGCAGCCGAUGGUCUGAGAAGCAGAACCCGGGAUCUCGCAUUCGAUAAAGCAAACACUGAGCUCAUCAGCAAAGGCAUGUACGCCAGCUACCUGUCAAUACCUUGGCAGGAAUCGGAUGACAUGUGGAGCCGUUGGUUCAACGCAGAGGGGGGUCUCAACUGUUCAAUAAGACCGGAUGCCAAACGAAAUACAUCUAGCGCCUAUCUGUGCCACAUCAGCCCAUCUGCCAGUGAGACCGCAAAGGGCGACCUCGAGGAGCAGAGGCAAAAGAUCAUUACUCUUUUCAAGGACGUCGGAUGGGAGGCCCAACGAGUACUGAAGGAAGUUGAGAAGCCUGGAUCCGACUUCUACGGACAGGAGAUCGCGCUGGCCAAGAGUGCUUCGUUGUCGAAUGGCAGGGUGGCGUUGCUGGGCGAUGCUGGCUACUGUCCUUCACCGUUGAGUGGCGAAGGUACCAGCCUUGCUUUGGUGGGAGCUUACAUCCUCGCCGGCUGCCUGGUGACUUACGACGAUGUCGAGGAAGCUCUGAGGCAAUACGAAAAGCAGGUCCGACCGUUCGCAGAGCGCUCGCAGGACCUACCCCCUGGCGUUCCUUGGAUCGUCAACCCUCAAACCAAGCUCGGCAUCCGAGUGCUCAACAACGUGGUCUGGGUUGCCGGGUUUGCGGUGAAGGCGGGCUUGGUCACGGCACUGGGCAAGAUUGGAGGGCUAUUGCCAUCUUUUGGUAGCAAGGCACCAAAUCUGCCUGAUUUCCCGGCGCUGAACAAAGUGGCGUCGUGA